CUGACGUCGGCGAAAUGAAACGAGCUCUGCCGCGGAGCUGCUCACAGAAUGGACGCGGACGACGAGCCGACACGGACUUAACGCACUUCACUGAGCAGGAUACUGAACCCACUGCCCCCUUCCCCCCCGAGCAGCGUCCCGACACGACAACCAGGUCCGGCGGUGGUUGCUUGUCUCCUAGUGCCCUCGUAUGGACGAUGAGGAGGAUGAUGUCUUUGAGCCAGACCCCCACUUCUGGCGCACCACGUUCAGGGAUAUAAAGUGUGAAGACCGGGGCACACAGACACCUGGCCCGGCCCUGGCACUGGACAACGGCAUGCUGCCGUGUGGAGUCGCAGAGGAGCCCAGACCACUCUUCUACGGCAACGCAGGUUUUCGAUUGCACUUCCCAGCACACUUUGAGCUUUUUGGGGAUCAGGAAGCGAGGCGGCAAGAAAGCCAAGAGGAGCGAAACGGGAUGGAGCAGCUUCCCCAGCAGCAGCCUGUGGCGCACAGUGUGGAGGCCUGCAUAGGCCAGAAACUCCAGCUGAUAGGAGACCAGUUUCACCGGGAUCACCUACAACUG